UUGAAAUUAAUUUUAUGAUCUAUUUUUAGGAUGGUUUCCUUGAAGGUGGACAACCUGACCUACCGAACCAAUGACAGGGACCUGGAGUACCUGUUCGAGAAGUACGGGAAGGUCGGGGACAUCUAUAUACCCAAGGACAAGAACACCAGGGAGAGCAGGGGGUUCGCCUUCGUCAGGUUUCUAGACCAGCGUGACGCAGAAGACGCAAUGGACGCCCUGGAUGGCCGAAUGUAUGACGGCCGCGACCUCAGGAUUCAAAUGGCGAAAUACGGUCGACCUGAGCAGAACAGACAUAGUCGUGGAGGUCGUGGACGAUCUCGCAGUCGUUCCAGGGAUCGUCGUCGCCGAUCCCGCUCUCGAUCCCGCCGUCGGUCUAGGUCCAGGUCCGGCCGCCGAUCUAGUCCCAAGCGGCGAGAUUCAAGAUCAAGCUCUGAAGUUAAAUCUCCAAGAAGAGAUAAAUCAAGAUCAGUAUCUCAGUCAAGAUCUAAGUCUAGAUCCAAAUCAGCAUCACGAUCACGAUCACGAUCACGAUCAAGAUCAUAAAAUUAUUGCGGGAUCAUAUGUCAGGAUUUACAAGAAAUAUGAUAAUCGUUCAGAA